AUGGCGGCCAUGAGCCUGCUGCUCCGGGCAGCGGCUGCCUGGGGAGCUCGGCGGGCGGCGAGCGGCACGGCGGGCGCGGCUCGCCUCCCCUGGCUCGCCGGGGCCGCCCGCCUCCCCGGCACCGUCGCUCCUGUACGACAUAGCAGCAGCCAUGGGAAAAGAAUGUUUAUUAUCAAGGCAACGAGUUUUUAUGAUACUCGAUUUCUGAACUUGUUGAGAUUCUAUAUAUUUCUAACGGGAAUACCAGUGGCACUAUUCAUAACAUAUGUCAACAUCUUCAUUGGUGAAGCUGAACUUGCAGAGAUUCCUGAAGGUUAUAUUCCAGAGUACUGGGAAUACUACAAACACCCUAUAAGUCGCUGGAUAGCUCGUUACUUCCUUGACCCCCCUGAAAAGAACUAUGAGAAAGAGAUGGCUUUGCUUGAUGUUGAAGCGAAGAAAAUGGAACUGAGGCUGAUGGAGUUGGAGGCACGCAGACUGAUGAGACAAAGGGGAGAUGGACCUUGGUAUCAUUAUGAAACACCUGAUAAAAAUCUUAUUGACAAUUCUAUGAAAUCCACACCUGACAAUUAAACAAUUUUAAGACAGUAGGCAUAAUCUUAAAUGCACACCAACAAAUUGUGACUGAGCUAUGUCAUAUACAUCCUGCUAUUUACUGACAGAAAUGAAUAAAAAUAAACAAUGUUUGUGUUGA